CCUGAGGACAAUUCUCAGAUCUUUUACUUCGUUCUCUCUUCCUUGCCAUUCUUCCUCGCUGCGAAUUCGCGAAUUUGCUAUCAGACAUUUUGCGCUUCCUUCCUUUCUUCUUCUUCAUCGUCUUCCGGCCUCGUGAACGAAUUAUCGCUAUCGACAGCCUGUGUUCACGCGCGCGUGAGUUCAGUUCAGUUCAGUUCCGUUCCGUUCUGUGAAGUGAAUUGUCUUGGGCGGAUCGUGGACGGACUUCUUCAGUGGUGUACAUGUACCCUGGGACUAGAAUCUUAUCGUAGAACAUAGGGAAAAUCGACGAAUAUGCUGAUAAGAGAAUUGGCGACCGUUUGGGUCGCCGUCCUCUUGUGCCAUUCUCAGCUAACGGAGUCUCAGGUUCCUACUACAAAUGUCUUUACCUGUCCAAACGGAUGGGAGCUGCGAGGCAUACACUGUUGGGAAAAAGCGGCGGAAUUAUGCAGGAGAUACGGGAGCGAACUGAUGGUGGUGGAAUCGUACAGCGAGAACAACAUGUCGGCGAACAUGAUCGGCCGGCAUUUGGAUCGUUACUGGCUGGGUCUCGCUUCGCUCGACUACUUACGUACCAACACACUUGAAUCUGCCGCGGGAAUGCUCGUCUCGCAAUACGCCGGUUUCUGGGCGUCUAAGCAACCGAAUCCGCUAUCAGGCGAAUGCGUGGACGUCGCCUUGACGGAUAACCAGCAAACGUGGGAAUUGACCACAUGCGAGUCGCUUCUUCCUUUCAUGUGUCGUGCCGACGCCUGUCCUUCCGGUUCGUUCCACUGCUCGAAUGGCAAGUGUAUCAACGCGGCGUUUAAAUGUGACAAGCAGGACGACUGCGGCGAUUAUUCCGACGAAUUGGACUGCCCGGCUAACUGCCAGUAUUAUAUGGCGAGCAGCGGCGAUGUCGUGGAAAGCCCAAAUUACCCGCAUAAAUAUGCACCCCUCAGCAAUUGUAAGUGGACGCUGGAGGGCCCUCAAGGACAUAAUAUUCUCUUGCAGUUUCAAGAAUUCGAGACCGAGAAGAGUUUCGAUAUAGUGCAGAUUCUCGUAGGUGGUAGAACCGAGGAGAAGUCUGUAAAUCUCGCGACCCUUUCCGGCAAGCAGGAUUUCAGUAACAAGCUCUUCGUCUCGGCCUCAAACUUCAUGAUUAUAAAAUUCAGCUCCGAUGCCUCGGUAGAGAGAAAAGGCUUCCGUGCCUCGUGGAAGACCGAACCGCAAGCCUGCGGUGGAAUCCUCAGAGCGACGCCGCAAGGACAAGUGCUCAUAUCCCCGGGAUAUCCCCAGAAUUAUCCCGGUGGAUUGGAGUGUUUGUAUAUCCUGCAGGCUCAACCAGGACGCAUAAUGUCUCUAGAAAUUGAGGAUUUGGAUCUUGAAGCGAAUAGGGAUUAUAUUCUUGUGAGGGACGGAGAUUCGCCUAUGAGCAAACCGAUUGCACGUCUCACCGGAAAAUCGGAGGACAAUCCAACAGUAAUCAUAUCUACCGGAAACAACUUGUAUUUGUACUUUAAAACGAGCCUCGGCGAUUCCAGGCGUGGUUUCAGUAUUCGCUUCACGCAGGGUUGCAAAGCUACAAUCAUUGCAAGAAACGGAACGGUUCAAUCACCAUCUUACGGUCUCAACGAUUAUCCUAAUAAUCAGGAAUGUUUGUACAAAAUAAAAAAUCCGGACAGGGGGCCGCUGUCAUUGAAAUUCACUAACUUCACCGUUCACAAAACCGACUACGUACAAAUAUACGAUGGUUCCAAUACGAACGGUCUACGCUUGCAUUCCGGAAGCGGUUUCACCUCUAACACUCGACCUAAGAUCACGCUCACCGCGGAAAGCGGAGAAAUGCUCGUUAGAUUCGUCUCUGAUGCUUUGCACAGCAACAUCGGCUGGCAGGCUAAGUUUUCUGCUGAUUGUCCUCUGUUGCAACCCGGCGAGGGAGCUUUGGCGUCCAAUCGGGACACAGCAUUCGGCACAGUAGUUACAUUCUCCUGCCCAUUGGGGCAAGAGUUUGCCACAGGCAAAUCUAAGAUUUCCACGGUAUGUCUCCCCGGAGGAAACUGGUCCGUUAUGUAUAUUCCUAAAUGCCAGGAGGUGUACUGUGGCCCAGUACCUCAAAUCGAUAACGGAUUCUCAAUUGGUUCUUCAAACGUUACUUACCGAGGACUGGCGACCUAUCAGUGUUACGCGGGAUUCGCGUUUCCUUCCGGAAGACCAACGGAGAAGAUUUCUUGUUUGGCUGAUGGAAGAUGGGAAAAGAAACCAUCCUGCUUAGCAUCUCAAUGCGCUCCGCUACCAGAGGCACCUCACGCUAAUAUAACCAUCUUGAACGGAGGCGGUCGAAGUUACGGCACGAUUGUUAGAUUCGAAUGCGAGCCCGGCUACGUUCGAAGCGGACAUCCCGUCAUUCUUUGUAUGAGCAAUGGUACCUGGUCUGACAAAGUACCAACAUGUUCGCGUGCUAAAUGUCCGUUGUUACCUAUGAUUAAAAAUGGAUUUAUUGUUGAUAUCGGCAAGGAUUAUUACUUUGGUGAUGAAGUUAGGGUACAGUGCAAUAAAGGAUACAAGUUAACUGGAUCAAAUAUUAUACAAUGUGGUCCUUAUCAACGAUUUGAUAAUGUACCAACUUGCGAAGAUAUAAACGAAUGCACAUCGAGUCAAUGCGAUCUGGCGUCCACGGAAUGCAUAAACAAUCCUGGUGCGUUUACCUGUAAGUGCAAGUCGGGCUUUGCACCGACUAUGGAGUGUCGACCUAUAGGCGAUCUUGGUCUUAUCAACGGCGGUAUUCCCGACGAGUCGAUCACUGUUUCAAGCUCAGAAAAUGGAUAUACAAAAACUGGUAUUCGUUUGAAUAACGGUGAUGGAUGGUGCGGCAACAACAUCGAGCGGGGCACGAACUGGGUGACGAUCGACAUGAAAGCACCGACGAUUAUUCGCGGUUUCCGCACGCAGGUCGUAGCCAGGAUCGAUGGGAAUAUCGCGUAUGCGUCAGCCGUGCGAAUUCAAUACACGAACGAUUUGACGGACGUCUUCAUAGAUUACAAAAAUCCAGACGGUACCCCGGUGGAGUUUAGGAUGGCGGAGGCGACACUUUCCAUCCUGAAUCUACCUAUGCCAAUCGAGGCUCGCUACGUAAGAUUCAGGAUACAGGAUUACGUUGGUGCACCGUGUAUAAAGCUAGAGAUAGUUGGUUGCACCAGAUUGGAAUGCGCGGACAUUAACGAAUGUGCCAUCAGGAACGGUGGCUGCCAUCAAAAGUGCAUUAACAGUCCCGGGAGUUACUCCUGCAUGUGUAACACGGGCUAUGAACUAUAUAAAGGCAAUGGUACGGCCGGAUUUAACCUGGCGAAGGCAGAAACUGGCGAAAGGGAUGGCGAUUUGUAUCAGAGAAAUAAAACGUGCGUACCAGUGAUGUGCCCGCCAUUGACGGCACCGGAAAAUGGAAAAUUAUUGUCAACCAAGGAGCAGCAUCACUUUGGCGAUCUCGUCAGAUUUCAGUGCAAUUUUGGUUACGUUUUAUCUGGAUCUUCGGCUGUAAUUUGUACCUCCUCUGGAGUUUGGAACGGAACUAUUCCCGAAUGUCAAUACGCGAAAUGUGUAUCGCUGCCGGAUGAUAAAAGCGAGGGUCUUAGCGUGAUCCGAAACGAUGAGACCAGCGUGUUAGUGCCCUUCAAGCAGAACGUCACUCUAAAGUGCGGUACCAACGGCCGCUACUUGCGCAAUACCGCGACAUCCAAUUUCCGACAAUGCGUAUACGAUCCUAAACCCGGGUUGCCCGAUUAUUGGCUGUCUGGUCUGCAGCCAGCUUGCCCUCGCGUGGACUGCGGCAAUCCGCUUCCCACUCCCGGCGCCGAGUAUGGCCAGUUUCUUGACACCAAGCAUCACUCCUCUUUCUUUUUCGGCUGUCAAGAUACCUUUAAAUUGGCCGGUCAGACCAAUCGCAAUGACAACGUUGUGCGUUGUCAAGCGAAUGGCGUUUGGGACUUUGGCAAUCUGCGAUGCGAAGGUCCGGUCUGCGAGGAUCCUGGCAGACCGAGUGACGGCUAUCAAGUGGCACGUAGCUACGAACAGGGUUCGGAGGUACAAUUCGGCUGCAACAGACCCGGCUACAUUCUCAUUAGCCCGCGACCUAUCGUCUGCAUUCGCGAGCCUGAAUGCAAGGUCAUCAAACCACUGGGUCUGGCCUCUGGACGCAUUCCAGAUUCGGCGAUAAACGCCACCUCCGAGAGACCGAACUACGAAGCUAGAAACGUCCGAUUGAAUUCAGUAACCGGCUGGUGCGGUAAGCAAGAGGCCUUUACUUACGUUAGCGUCGAUCUCGGUCGUAUCUAUCGAGUAAAGGCAAUCCUCGUCAAGGGCGUGAUCACCAAUGACAUAGUCGGCAGACCCACAGAGAUCCGUUUCUUCUACAAGCAGGCGGAAAAUGAGAAUUACGUCGUCUAUUUCCCAAAUUUCAAUCUGACUAUGCGUGACCCUGGAAAUUAUGGCGAAUUGGCGAUGAUCACCCUGCCCAAGUACGUGCAGGCCCGUUUUGUGAUCCUCGGUAUCGUUAGUUACAUGGACAAUGCCUGUCUCAAGUUCGAGCUUAUGGGAUGCGAGGAACCGGUGACCGAACCGUUACUGGGUUACGAUUACGGAUUCUCACCUUGUGUAGACAAUGAGGCGCCGGUCUUCCAGAACUGCCCGCAACAACCGAUAGUUGUACAGAAAGGAGCCAACGGAGAAUUGCUGCCGGUGAAUUUUACAGUGCCAAUCGCCGUCGACAAUAGCGGCAGUAUCGCUCGAGUGGAAGUGAAGCCUCAAAGUUUCAAAACUCCCAUUCGAAUCUUUGAAGACACAUUCGUGAAAUAUAUAGCUUUCGAUUACGAUGGCAAUGUAGCCAUUUGCGAGAUCAACAUUACUGUUCCGGAUAUAACUCCACCGAAGCUGAGCUGUCCCCAGAGCUACGUUAUCGAACUGAUUGACCGACAAGAGAGUUACCCCAUCAAUUUCAAUGAGACGCGAAAACGUAUUAACGCCACAGAUGCAUCCGGUCCUGUAACGAUCACUUUCGUCCCAGAACGUGCAGUGAUUCGAAUCGGCGAUUUUGAAAACGUUACGGUAUAUGCGACGGACCCCAGCGGCAAUAGAGCGGUUUGUCACUUUCAAGUUUCGGUUCAGGCAACGCCCUGCGUUGAUUGGGAAUUAAAACCGCCGGCUAAUGGUAAUCUGAAAUGCAUUCCCGGAGACCAGGGAAUGCAGUGCAGAGCAACCUGUAAGGCUGGAUAUAGAUUCACCGACGGAUCACCCGUAAAAACAUUCGGGUGUGAUGUUAGCAAACGAUGGACACCUUCGUCGAUGGUACCCGACUGCGUUUCCGAAAACACGCAACAGGCCGAUUAUCACGUAACUGCCACUGUAACUUAUCGUGCGAACGGCGUCGUUUCUGAACAAUCCUGCUUGUCGAACUAUCAAAAACUCAUGGCUGCACAUUACACGAAUCUUGACGGUAUUUUGACUCAACGUUGCUCCGCCAUCAAUGUGAAUAUGAACGUGUCUUUUGUCAGAUCGCUGCCUUACCUGAUUGAAGACAAUGUUCUCGAGAUGGUUUUCAUUUUGGUAGUCGUUCCAGCACAACGUCAAACGAAAUUAUACGAUUUUUGUGGCUCCACGCUGAGUCUAAUCUUCGAUCUAAAGGUCCCUUAUGCGAGUGCAGUUAUCGAGCCUCUGUUAAACGUUUCUGCGAUUGGCAAUCAAUGCCCUCCUCUCCGUGCUCUCAAAUCAACCACUAGCAGGGGCUUCACGUGCAGUAUUGGCGAAGUAUUGAACAUGGAUACCAACGAUGUUCCCCGUUGUUUGCAUUGUCCUGCCGGAACCUUCGCCGAAGAGAAACAGAAGCUAUGCACAGCUUGUCCAAAAGGCUUCUAUCAGAACAGUGAUCGACAAGGUUCCUGUUUACGCUGUCCGUUCGGCAUGUAUACAAAGGAGGAAGGUUCCAAGAGCAUAGACGACUGCAUACCGGUCUGUGGUUACGGCACGUACUCACCUACCGGUCUCGUGCCUUGCCUCGAAUGUCCCAGGAACAGCUAUACCGGCGAGCCGCCGAUUGGAGGAUACAAGGACUGCCAGACCUGUCCGGCUGGAACAUUCACCUAUCAACCAGCUGCGCCUGGUCGCGAUCGUUGCCGCGCCAAGUGUUCGCCGGGCAUGUAUUCGGAUACGGGACUUGCUCCUUGCGCUCAAUGUCCCAAGAACUUCUUCCAGCCUCAGCACGGCGCAAUCACAUGCGUCGAGUGUCCCACAAACAUGUAUACGGACGGAUCUGGUUCAGUGGGCCGCGAAGAAUGCAAACCUGUCCAGUGCACCGACAGUGUAUGCCAGCAUGGUGGUCUCUGCGUACCGAUGGGACAUGGUAUACACUGCUAUUGUCCAGCCGGUUUCUCUGGAAGACGCUGCGAGAUCGAUAUAGAUGAAUGUGCGUCUCAGCCGUGCUAUAACGGUGCCACUUGCAUAGAUCUGCCGCAAGGCUACAGGUGUCAAUGCGCCAACAGCUAUUCUGGCAUUAAUUGCCAAGAAGAGAAAUCAGAUUGUACAAACGACACAUGUCCGGAAAGAGCUAUGUGCAAAGAUGAGCCUGGAAUUAAUAAUUACACAUGUCUUUGCCGAUCCGGAUACACCGGAGUUGAUUGUGAUAUCACUAUAAAUCCUUGUACGGCCAGUGGAAAUCCUUGCAACAACGGCGCUACUUGCGUGGCUCUUCAACAAGGCCGCUACAAAUGCGAUUGUCUGCCAGGGUGGGAAGGUCAAAGUUGUGAAAUCAAUACCAAUGAUUGCGCUGAGCGACCUUGUCUGCUUGGUGCCAACUGCACUGAUCAAAUUGCUGAUUUCUCCUGCGACUGUCCGCACGGAUUUACUGGAAAACGUUGCCAUGAGAAAAUCGAUCUCUGCUUAGGCAAACCUUGCCUAAAUGGAAUCUGCGUGGACAAACUCUUCAGCCACGAGUGCAUCUGCCAUCCGGGAUGGACAGGUGCGGCCUGCGAUACGAACAUCAACGAGUGUGCAUCUAGACCGUGCCGAAACAAUGGUCAAUGCAUCGACCACAUCGACGAUUAUGCUUGCACCUGCGAGCCCGGUUACACGGGCAAACAGUGCCAACACACGAUUGAUGAUUGCGCAUCAGAUCCUUGUCAGAACGGAGCCACAUGCAUAGAUCAGCUGCAGGGCUUCACCUGCAGAUGCAGACCUGGCUUCGUCGGACUUCAGUGCGAAGCGGAACGCGACGAAUGUCAGAGCGAUCCUUGCAAUCCAGUUGGCACUGAACGCUGCAUAGAUCUCGACAAUACCUUCGUCUGCCACUGUCGCGAAGGUUACACCGGAUCGUCCUGCGAGAUUAAUAUAGACGACUGCGCGUCAGAUCCAUGCCUAAAUGGCGCGACAUGUAGAGACGAAAUCGGUGGUUUCAAAUGCAUAUGUCCGGAGGGAUGGAAUGGAGUGUACUGUCAAAUGGAUGUCGGCAUGUGCCAGAAUCGACCUUGCCAGAACGACGCUACAUGCGUAGAUUUGUUCUUGGAUUAUUUCUGCGUUUGUCCAUCUGGUACCGACGGUAAGCAAUGCGAAACGGCACCGGAACGCUGUAUCGGAAAUCCAUGCAUGCACCACGGUCGCUGUCAAGAUUUCGGUUCCGGCUUAAAUUGUACUUGCUCUAAUGAUUACACCGGAAUUGGUUGUCAAUACGAAUACGACGCCUGCCAAGCUGGCGCUUGCAAAAAUGGGGCCACUUGUAUCGAUGAAGGUCCCGGAUAUACCUGCAUAUGCCCUCCAGGAUAUACUGGUCAAACUUGCGAAGAAGAUAUAAUUGAUUGCAAAGAGAAUUCUUGUCCACCAUCGGCAACUUGCAUCGAUCUCACUGGCAAAUUCUUCUGCCAAUGUCCAUUCAACUUAACUGGUGAUGAUUGCAGAAAAUCUAUCCAAGUGGAUUACGACUUGUACUUCAGCGAUCAAGGACGAAGCAGCGCUUCGCAAGUCAUUCCAUUCUUCACUAACUCCGCGAAAAGUCUGACUGUUGCUAUGUGGGUACAGUUUACGCAGAGAGACGAAGGUGGAAAUUUCUUCACUCUUUAUAGUGUCAGCUCGGCACAUGUUCCAACAAAUCGAAGACUUAUGAUCCAGGCACAAAGUAAUGGUGUCCACGUAUCUCUCUUCCAUGAUUUGCAAGACGUCUACCUACCAUUCAGAGAAUACGCGACCAUAAACGACGGACAAUGGCACCACAUUGCUGUUGUGUGGAACGGUGAGAAUGGCGGAGAACUCAUUUUAAUCACAGAAGGCCUCAUUGCUAGCAAGACCGAAGGCUAUGGUAGCGGCAGAUCACUCCCAGCAUACGCAUGGACAGUAUUAGGAAAACCACAAAGCGAGAAUACAAAAAGUUACACGGAAUUAGGCUUCCAAGGCCAUUUGACCAAGGUACAAGUCUGGGGUCGUGCAUUGCACGUGACGAAUGAGAUUCAAAAGCAAGUUCGCGACUGCCGUACGGAACCAGUUCUCUAUCAAGGACUAGUGUUGACGUGGGCGGGAUACGACGAAACCGCGGGUGGUGUCGAGAGAGUCGUGCCCUCGCAUUGCGGGCAGCGUGUGUGUCCGCUCGGUUAUGGUGGUAACAAAUGUCAACAACUCGAGGUCGAUAAGAUUCCGCCCGAAGUGAGGGGUUGUCCAGGCGAUCUUUGGGUAAUCGCCCAGAAUGGAUCGUCGAUCGUCACUUGGGACGAACCACAGUUCACCGACAACAUUGGCGUCGUAAGAGUCCAGGAGAAGAACGGACAUCGAUCCGGACAGACUCUGAUGUGGGGCACUUAUGACAUUAGCUACGUGGCUUACGAUCAGGCUGGAAACUCUGCUACUUGCAACUUUAAAGUUUACGUGUUGUCCGACUUUUGCCUGACAUUGAAAGAUCCUGUCGGUGGCACUCAACAAUGCAAAGACUGGGGUUCGGGAGGUCAAUUCAAGGUCUGCGAGAUUUCUUGUAACACCGGACUUCGGUUCUCACAGGAAGUCCCUAAAUUUUACACGUGCGGUGCAGAAGGUUUCUGGAGACCUACCAGUGAUCCCAGUCUACCUUUGAUAUAUCCAGCUUGUACGAGCGCUACGUCAGCCACGGUGCUCUGCAACGAGGCCGGCCAAGGUGUACUCAAACAGAAGGUUCGAAAUGCCGUAAACUCCUUGAACAGAGACUGGAAUUUCUGUUCGUAUUCUUAUGAAGGAACUCGCGAAUGCAAGGAUCUUCAUAUUGACGUACAAUGCGAUCAUCGCACACGCACAACGAGAGAAACGAAUGAAGAAGACGGUGGAACAUAUGUCAUUUCCGCUGUCGUACCCGCGGAACCAACGAGAAAGGGUCGCCAAGGCAGUGACACUUACGAGGUGGAGAUCUCGUUUCCAGCGAUAAACGAUCCGAUCCUGAACGCUAACUCAAACGAGCGCUCUACUGUGCAAAUGCUGCUCGAAAGAUUGAUUCUUGAAGAGGACCAAUUCGAUGUCCAUGACAUUCUACCUAAUACCGUCCCAGAUCCCGCAUCUCUCAUUCUGGAAUCCGACUAUGCCUGUCCCAUUGGUCAAGUUGUUAUGGCACCGGAUUGUGUACCAUGUGCAGUGGGAACAUUCUAUGAUGAAGAAACGCAACAAUGCGUAUCUUGUCCUAUGGGUACUUAUCAGAACGAGUCCGGACAAUUAAAAUGCAAUUCCUGUCCGAUAAUCGCCGGUCGUCCCAGUGUUACCGUGGGUCCUGGAGCGCGUAGCGCAGCGGACUGCAAGGAACGUUGUUCUGCCGGCAAAUUCUACGACGAUUUGGGAGGUCUCUGUCGUAGCUGCGGUCAUGGAUUUUAUCAACCAAACGAGGGCAGCUUCUCUUGUCAGCUAUGGGACGAGUGUGGAUCUGGACAACAGUUAGCCGUCGAAGGAAAAUGCGAACCUUGCCCACGUGGCACGUACCGAACUCAAGGGGUACAGGCAUCCUGCCAGGCUUGUCCACUCGGCAGAACAACCCCGAAUAUGGGAUCAGCAGCGAUCGAGGAAUGCUCGCUUCCAGUCUGUGAACCUGGAACUUUCCUCAACGGCACCCUCAACGAGUGUGUGGAAUGUAAGAAGGGAACUUAUCAAUCGGAACCGCAACAAACAUUCUGUAUCCCGUGUCCGCCGAAUACCAGCACUAAAGGAUCUGCUGCUACAAACAAAGCAGAUUGCACGAAUCCUUGCGAAACUAGCGGCGAGGAAAUGCAUUGCGACGCAAAUGCCUACUGCUUACUCAUACCUGAGACUAGCGAUUUCAAAUGCGAGUGUAAGCCCGGAUACAAUGGCACCGGAACUGUAUGCACGGACGUGUGUCUGGGCUACUGCGACAAUGAGGGCGUCUGCCUGAAGGAUUCUCGCGGGCAACCUUCGUGCAGAUGCAGCGGCAGCUUCACAGGCAAACAUUGCAUGGAGAAGUCCGAGUUCUUCUACAUCACCGGUGGCAUAGCGGGAGGUGUUAUCCUGAUCAUUCUCGUGGUGCUGCUCGUCUGGAUGAUAUGUGUCAGAGCAUCUAAGAAGAAAGAGCCAAAGAAGAUGCUUACUCCGGCAACCGAUCAAAAUGGCUCUCAAGUAAAUUUCUAUUAUGGUGCGCCAACACCGUACGCCGAAUCGAUAGCGCCAUCACAUCACAGCACGUAUGCUCAUUAUUACGAUGACGAGGAGGAUGGCUGGGAGAUGCCCAAUUUUUACAAUGAAACUUACAUGAAAGAGAGCUUGCACAAUGGAGGCAAGAUGAACAGUCUUGCCCGAUCGAAUGCCAGUAUUUACGGCACGAAAGAUGAUCUUUACGACAGACUGAAGCGUCACGCGUAUACCGGUAAAAAAGAUAAGAGCGACAGCGACAGCGAAGGCCAGUGACCGGGUAGAACAAUGACUUUCACGCCAACGUAGAAUACGAAAAAGCGGGAGAUAUCAGUGUAAUCAGACGGAGCGACGACAAUAUCUCAUCCUUCGAGCGACGUCGUCGUCGUUGCUCCCCGACCGAUCGACGGAUCUUGUUAUUUAUUACAUUACCAUUCUGUACGACGUCGCGCGAGAUCCACGAUCAUUCUGAUCGCCC